UGACCUUCCCUCUUGCAGUGGAGGAGCAGGGGGGGAAGGUUGUGUUGGUUACGUGGAAGACAUUUUAACAAAUGCUUCCAAUGUGCGAAAAGAGUUAUGCCCAACUUGGGAACUGUUACAUCAAAUAUUCUCGCUACGGGGAUUUGGAUGUUUGGCAGAGGCCCCUGAAAGGAGCAGGCAGGGCAGCCAUAGCCUUUGCACAAUAUAACAGGUCAGGUCCUCCCGUUGAGCGGUGGCUAGCCGACUCGCUCCUCCCUCCCAAACGCGGAAAGUGCUGGAAGGAAAGAACACCUCGGGUUGCUGGAGCGAGCUCUUUACCCUCGCAGCACUGCUCCUGGGUACGGAGGGCUCCUAUCCGCCCGUUUUGCUUUAAGUUCCCUUUCCCCUCGCGGGUUUCAUUUUUCGGCAGCUCAGAAACGACAGAAGGCUUGGCAAAGCGGAAAGGAACUUCUGGUGUGAGGGACAUGGAGAACGUGCCUGCUAGGACCUGAAAAAAGGGAGACGGUUUGGUUCUGGCUCAGCAGUGCAAAAGUAGCCUCAGUCUCUUCUCUGCAAUGUAGGUUCCUGUUGUAUGUAGAUGUUGGCACGAGAUAAUGAUGGAUAAUCCUUCUGGAAAACCCUGUGGACACCAGGGAAGCUUGGAAAGCUUGAGAGGCCAGCUGCACCUGUGCUUGCUGAAGGAAGCCAUUCAUCGCCUGCUGUAAAGCUGAAGCUCUGGACAGAUGUAGUCAAAAUCUCGAGCUGCUCUGGGAGAAGGGGUUCAGAGUUUUGCGCAGUGCUAUCGAGCACAUGAAUGGGAAAAGCGAAAUCUGGAUGCAGCUCUUGCUCAAGACUCUUGGCAUCGAUUCUACUGCUGUUUCCAACUCUGAAUUCCCUUGUCAGCAUUUAUUGGAAAUCUGGAUUGAUUUGGUUUUAGAAAGUAUUCCGUGUUUCUCGUAGUAAUUAACUGAUUGUAGUUUUUGAAAGAGAUAUGCCAGUUUGCUCAGCUCAGAUUUGAUAUGCUCUGCAGGAUGUCUACAGUGAGUAAUAAUUCAGGAGAAACCCCUGCACUGAAAGUGUAGAGGGCAGAUAUUUUGGGCUCAUAAACUCUGCCAUAAUUGCACGCUGUACAGUCUUCAGGUUCAAGAAUGAAUUGAAGUGGAAUGUGGAGCAGAUCCAGAUGGAAAAAAUGAAAGAAAUGUCAGUAGUUCACAAAGAGGAAAUAACAAUGGAAAUGUCAACAGGGAAUCACUGCUCCUGUGUGUGAAAGCCUGAAAGGGCUAUUUCCUUGAAAGCCAUAACCAGACCUUUCAUUUUUUUGGAUGCCAAUCAAUAAGAGGGAAAACUUAAUGGAAGCCAAAUUCACAGGACAGCCAAAGAACUCACAGGAGCAGGUUUUUCUAUCUCUCUGUCUUUCUGUGUUUUCUGCCAUCCCAAUUCCCCGUGACAUCAACUGUGUUGGAUAUUGAAGCUCACUCUCCAGAAUGCUGGAACAUAGAGAUGUGAAAUUGGCCACCUCGGGUGCACUGACAUACCACAAUUUAAUUAAUAGAAGCAUCUACCGCAAGAUUAGGAGCUGUGUCAGCUUCAGGAAGGGUAUCUUCGGUCAGAAGCUGGAGGAGACGGUGCGCUAUGAGCGACGCUUUGGGAACAAGCUGGCCCCCAUGCUGGUGGAGCAGUGCGCGGACUUCAUCCGCCAGUGGGGCCUGCGGGAGGAGGGCCUGUUUCGGCUGCCCGGGCAGGCCAACCUGGUCAAGGAGCUGCAGGACGCCUUCGACUGCGGCGAGAAGCCAUCCUUCGACUGUAAUACAGACGUGCACACAGUGGCCUCCCUGCUGAAGCUGUACUUGAGAGAGCUCCCAGAGCCUGUCAUACCCUUCGCCAAAUACGAGGAAUUCCUCUCCUGCACUAAGCUCCUCAGCAAGGAUGAAGAAUCCGGAAUGAAGGAAUUGCGAAAACAAGUCGAAAGCCUACCUCCAGUCAACUACAAUCUGCUGAAAUAUAUAUGCAGGUUUCUUGAUGAAGUUCAGUCUUAUUCAGGUGUGAAUAAAAUGAGUGUACAGAACCUGGCAACCGUCUUUGGGCCCAAUAUUCUGAGACCUAAGGUCGAAGACCCUGUAGCUAUCAUGGAAGGUACUGUGCUGGUCCAGCAGCUGAUGUCGGUCCUGAUCGGGAGCCACGAUGUGCUCUUUCCCAAAGACGAGGAAAGCCCCACGGCCCCGGAGCUGUGCAACAACAACAACGAGGUGCACAGGAAGCCCACGGCGGGGCAGCUGCAGAACCGGGAGAACAACAACACGGCGGGCCUGCGCCAGUGCUCCUGGGAGACGCCCGAGUCGCCCACGCGGGCGGCGGUGGACAACGGCUCGCCCGGCCCGCUGGGGGGCCAGCGCUCGGGCAGCCCGCGCAACAGCCUGGCCGGCAAGUUCGACCUGACCCGCAGCCCGCCCCUCACGGUCAAGAAGAACCCGGCCUUCAGCAAGGGCAGCGGCAUCGUCACCAACGGCUCCUUCAGCAGCUCCUCGGCCGACGGCCAGGAGAAGGGCCAGACCCUGCCCGGCGCGGGCACCCAGGCCCGCCGCACCGCCUCCCUCAAGGGCCCGGGCACCAAGAUGGGCACCAGCGGCGUGCCCAACGGCGGCGUGCGCAUGGGCGUGUCCAGCACCGACGUGGUGAACGGGACGCUGAGCGUGCGCAACGGGCUCUGGCUGCCCAACGGCUACGUGACUCUGCGGGACAGUAAGCCCAAGGACUGCCUGAGCGAGCAGGCCGCCCAGCAGAACCGGCUCUCCACCUACGACAACGUGCAGCAGCAGCAGUUCCCCAGCAGCGCGUGCGAGGACAAGCAGAGCGUGGACAGCGCCACCUGGUCCACCUCCUCCUGCGAGAUCUCCCUGCCCGACAACUCCACGUCCUGCCGCUCCUCCACCACCACCUGCCCCGAGCAGGACUUCUUCGUGGGCCACUACGAGGACCCCGUUUUGGACGCGCCCGCGCACGAGGACGCCGGCCAGCAGGGGGAGCUGGAGCGGAGGAACGGCGGGGGCCGCGGGAGCCGGGCCACCAGCAGCAGCGAUAACAGCGAGACGUUCGCGGUGAACAAUAGCGCCAGCGGCCACAGCGCCCUGCACAGUCUGGUGGCCAGCCUGAAGCAGGAGAUGCACAAGCAGAAGACCGAGUACGAGGCCAGGAUAAAGAGCCUGGAGCACAGGAACCUGGAGCUGGAGACAGAGAUGGUGAACCUCCACGAGGAGCUGGACCAGGAGAGGAAGAAGUACACCAUGGUGGAGAUAAAGCUACGGAAUGCCGAGCGGGCGAAGGAGGACGCUGAGAAGAGGAACGAGAUGCUCCAGAAGGAGAUGGAGCAGUUUUUCUCCACGUUCGGGGAGCUGACGGCUGAUCCACGUCGGCCGGAGAGGGGGAACACCAUCUGGAUCCAGUAAGGAGGGACCAUCUGAGCCAAAAAAAACUAGCUGACUGGUGAAUUGUGGGUGAGGGCCAUCAGGGAGAUGAUGCCUGAGAGAGACUAGUAUUCUUACAUCAUGGACUCCUCGAAGACAAAGGAACAUUUCUCACCUUUUUUUUCUUUAAUGUGGUCCUACCAAAUAUAUAAUCCCACUCUGUUACUGUUAAGUGUUAUCUUGUAUCUGGUUGUGUAUAUAGAGGAAAGCAAUGUCGACAACUUCAAGAAAGAUAUGUAUGUAAAAGAAAUUAACUAAAGUAAUAUUUUAAUGCAAGUCUGGUAUUUAAACAGAGCUAUCAAUGUGUUGCAUUUAAAUUUUAUAUCAAGGCUUUUCCUUGCACUUAUCUUUUUUCCAACGUGGUACUGAAUGAAUUUGCAUAUGCUGAUUUCAUUUUCUGUGUUUCUGUCUCCCUUUUAAUUUAAAUGAAUAACUCGUGGCUAUGCUCAAUGUGCCAUUUGACUCAUUCCAUGACCAAAAAGAGACAGAAAAUAUAAAUAUUUUAUAAAAUAUGUCAGACACCAUGUCUAUCUUUGUGUUGUCUGUGUCGAUAAACUCAUUCAGACACACCUGUCUUAAUAUCAAGACUCCGUGUGAAAUACAGCCAUAAUAUAUUGAAUGUCCGACUAUCCGUUGACUGGCCAUUAGUAUUUUCAGUCAGUAAAGGUUUGGGGUCAGUGUAGAAUGUUUUUUUAAGUUGUAAUCUUGAUGCCAAUCUUAGUGAUGACUGAAGUAUUACAUUUAGUGGAGGAGUAUUGUAACAGUCAUUGAUAAACACGGUUCAAUACAGUUUCUGUGUGUGA